AUGUCUUUUGCUCAUCAGCAGUAUGAAGCUCCACAGGGUGAAAUGGAGGAAAAGCUGGCCGAUAUCUGGCGUGAACUACUUGAUAUUGAACACAUUAGCCGACAUGACAAUUUCUUCGCACUGGGAGGCCAUUCUCUGUCGAUUGUACGGCUUUUGGGGCACUUGAGACAGAAUGGAUUGGAUACUUUAGUACGGGAAGUGUUUGAUGCUCCCAAUCUGGCUAUGUUGGCUGCGACUCUCACUCGUUAUCAUGCAGUCACGAUCCCUCCGAAUCUUAUUACCACAGACUGCAUGGAAAUUACUCCAGAAAUGUUACCACUUAUCACUCUUUCUCAGGCAGAGAUCGACGCAAUAAUUGCACACGUGCCCGGUGGAGUAGCCAAUAUUCAAGAUAUUUAUGGCUUGGCGCCUUUACAGCAUGGUAUGUUGUUUCAUCAUAUAAAAGCCGAGAAGGGCGACCCAUAUUUGAUAGCAAGCCGUAUGCAAUUUAAUGAUCAGAUGGCACUUGAACGUUAUACAACCGCUCUACAACAAGUGAUUGAGAGACACGAUAUUUUGCGCACCGUCUUCAUCUGUGAAGGUAUCAAUGAGCCGGCACAGGUUGUGUUGCGGCAAGUUCCUUCGAUACUCACCGAAAUUUCAUUUGAGCAGUUAAACCACCGCUUUAAUUCACUUUACUUCCGUUUAGACUUGACAAAGGCACCACUUUUGCGUUUGCUGACAGCACAAACAUCUGAGGGGAGCUGGAUGGCGGUGCAACUGAUGCACCACACAAUUAUUGAUCAUUCAACACUAGAGAGACUACAUGCAGAAGUUAACGCCCUCAUUGACAGAAAGAUUGAAAAUUUGACAACGCCCACAUCAUUCCGUAAUCUUGUUGCUCACGCUCGACUAGGAAAUAGUCGAGAAAAGCAUACACGUUUCUUUAGUGAAAUGCUCGGCGAUAUUGUUGAGCCAACCUUGCCAUUUGGUCUGAGUGACGUUGCUCUUGACGGAACUGAGAUAAGCGAGACAUAUUUGAAGCUCCCACAGACACUCAAUGAUCAGCUACGAGAACAUGCACGGAAUCUGCACGUCAGUAUGGCUAGUAUAUGUCAUUUAGCUUGGGCACAAGUGCUAGCUCGAGCUAGCGGUUGUGAAUCGGUUGUCUUCGGUACCGUGCUCGUUGGUCGUCUACAGGCUGGAAUAGGAAAUGACAGUGUCAUGGGACCGAUGAUAAAUACGCUCCCAAUACGGUUAGAUAUUAAUGAGAAGAGCAUCAAGAGCGCAGUGGGAGAUGCGCAUGCUCGAUUGAGUAGUUUGUUGGCACACGAACAAGCAGUGCUUGCGUUCGCACAACGCUGCAGUAGAAUUCCAGCCGGCUUACCAUUGUUUAGUGCAUUGCUGAACUAUCGCCAUAAUCAGACAGCAGAAGAAAUAACGACGUAUCUUCCGGGAGUCAGGGUUAUGGAUAUUGAGGAGCGAACUAAUUACCCGUUAACACUGUCGGUUGAAGAUGAUGACGAUUCACUGGGACUGACGUCUCAAGUGGUUUCACCGAUUUCAGCAGCUCAGAUCGGUGCAUAUAUGCAACAAACCUUGAUAUCACUGGCUGAUAUGCUAACUCACAAGCCACAAAAACCAGUUCGAACACUAACAGUGAUUCCAUCGGAAGAACGCACAUUGCUGUUGCAUACUUGGAAUGAAACCACGUUUAUUUAUCCACCUACCCGCUGUCUUCAUCAAUCAUUUGAGGAACAGGUUGAGCACGAUGGAAAGGCAAUCGCCGUGGAGUGUGAUGGGAAUACUAUAAGUUAUACUGAACUUAAUGCGCAAGCCAACAAGUUGGCACAUUACUUGAUCGCAAGAGGUGUGAAACCAGAUGAUCGAAUCGCGCUUUGCACUGAGCGCAGUACAACAAUGAUUGUAGCAAUACUGGGCAUUCUGAAAUCUGGUGGCGCCUAUGUACCACUCGAUCCUGCUUACCCAAGUCAACGGCUAAGUAAUGUUUUACAGGAUGCUGACCCAAUAUUUUUGUUGUUGGACGCUAAUGGCCGGAAAACACUCGGUGAUCAUCAUGUACCAGAAGUUGACUUGGACAAAUCGUUGCCUGCCGAUUUUUCGAUCAAUAAUCCGGAUGCGACUGUACUUGGAAUCACUCCAAACCAUCUGGCUUAUGUGACUUAUACCUCGGGCUCAACCGGUGCACCGAAAGGAGUGAUGGUUGAACAUCACCAUGCAGCUCAACUAUUCCAAUCGAUAUGGGGUGCGCUGUCAAAUGGAAGUCAAUUGUUGAUUGUUCCAAACGAUAUAGCUCGUUGUAUGGACGAAUUCUAUGAUUGGGUCUGUACCAGGGAUGUUACUGUAAUAACUCAAACUCCCUCCAUUUUUAAAACGCUUCUUCGAGCGAGAAGUAUCCGUUCACGUUCCGACCAACUGCGAUAUGUGAUCUUUGGUGGUGAAGAAUUAGAACCAUCGAUUGUAAAACACUGGUAUGACAAAUACAAUAAAGGGAAAACGGUAUUGGUCAAUAUGUACGGCCCGACCGAAACAGUUAUGAUUGCAACCAGUUGGGUCUGUGGCAUCACAAUUCCUGAAAAUUCGCUGAUGCCCAUCGGUCGUCCACUUUUUAACAAACGAAUUUACCUGCUGGAUGCAGAGGGUGAACCAGUGCCAUUGGGAGCCGAAGGAGAAUUAUACAUUGGUGGUUCUGGUGUAGCACGAGGCUACCUUAACCGCCCUGAACUUACCGCUGAACGUUUUUUACGCGAUCCAUUCAGUGACAAUCCAUUCGCACGCAUGUACCGUACCGGUGAUCGAGCACGAUAUCUGCCUGAUGGUAAUUUGGUCUUUUUGGGACGCACCGAUCAGCAAGUAAAAAUACGCGGAUUUCGGAUUGAACCUGGUGAAAUUGAAGCCCAUCUUGUCAAAUAUCCUCAUGUGCACGAAGCUGUCGUACAAUCCUAUGGCAAUGGAUCAGAUGCUCGUUUGGUAGCUUAUGUAGUGGCCGAUGCAGAUACAACAUUAGCCCAGGAUCUACGCACCUAUCUCUUGGCCUUGAUACCAGAUUAUAUGAUACCAUCGGCUUAUGUGUUUCUUCCAUCUAUGCCACUCACACCCAAUGGCAAGUUGGACCGGCGAGCACUACCGCCUCCAGAUGAUGAGGCGUUUGCACGUCAACAGUAUGAAGCUCCACAGGGUGAAAUGGAGGAAGAAUUGGCCGAUAUCUGGCGUGAACUACUUGGCAUUGAACGAAUUAGUCGACACGACAAUUUCUUCGCGCUCGGAGGCCAUUCUCUAUUAGUCGUACAAUUGUUGGCACAUUUGCGACAGAUUGGACUGGACAUCAUGAUAAGGAAUGUGUUUGAUGCUCCCACUUUGGCCAUGAUGGCCUCACAUAUUUACCGUUAUCAGAAAAUGAUCAUCCCGCCCAAUUUGAUUACCACAUGCAGCACAGCGAUUACUCCAGAAAUGCUACCGCUUAUCAAUCUUUCUCAAGCAGAGAUUGAUGCAAUUAUUGUACAGGUACCUGACGGAUUAGCUAAUAUUCAAGAUAUUUAUGGAUUGACGCCUUUGCAGAACGGCAUGUUAUUUCACCAUAUUAAAGCUGAACGUGGUGACCCAUAUUUACUAGUAAGCCGACUCAAUUUUAUUGACCGAAUAACGCUUGAACAAUAUGCAGAUGCCUUGCAACAGAUAAUUACUAGACAUGAUAUCUUUCGCACAGUCUUCGUCUGGGAAGGUCUCAGUGAACCGGCGCAGGUCGUUCUGCGUCGGGUUCCUCUGCUACUAACCAAAAUGCCAUUAGUGCAGUUAAAUCAGAGAUUUGAUGCACAUCACGAUCGUUUAGACUUAACACAGGCACCAUUAUUGCGUUUGCUGGCCGCGCCAACGGCUGAGGAGAGCUGGGUUGCGAUACAACUUAUGCACCACUUAAUAAUUGAUCAUUCAUCACUGGAGAGACUAUUGGCAGAGGUUCACGCUAUUAUGGAUGGAAAGACUGAUAAGUUGACAACGCCGACAUCAUUCCGUCAUCUCGUGGCCCAGGCUCGACUAGGAGUAAGUGAAGCUCAGCACACACGUUUCUUCAGUGAAAUGCUCGGUGAUAUUGACGAGCCAACCUUACCAUUUGGUCUGAGUGACGUUGGCUUGGACGGGACUAGAAUGAAUGAAGCAGAGCUGAAGUUGCCACAAAAACUCAAUGAACAUUUAAGAGUGCUUGCACGGGAGCUACAAGUCAGUAUGGCUAGUAUUUGCCAUUUGGCCUGGGCACAGGUACUUGCUCGUGCUAGUGGACUUGUGGCGAUAGUCUUUGGCACCGUGUUGCUGGGCCGUUUGCAGACCGGCGAGGGCAACAAUAAUAUAAUGGGACCGAUGAUUAACACCCUACCGAUUCGGAUAGAUAUUGACGAGAGCAGUGUCGAGACUGCAGUACGCCAUACCCAUUCACGGUUGAGUGCAUUGCUGGCACAUGAACAUGCACCACUUGUGUUAGCACAACGCUGCAGUAGGUGUACGGCAGGUAUGCCACUAUUCAGCGCAAUACUGAACUAUCGCCAUAAUCAAAAGAGUGGGCCGGUCGCUGCGUCACUUCCUGGAGUAACUUUCGUUGGCGGUACGGGACGAACUAAUUACCCAUUGACACUGUCGGUUGAAGAUGAUGGUGAUUCGCUGGGUCUGACGGUUCAAGUAACUACACCAAUAUCAGCAACUCGGAUCUGUUUCUAUAUGCAACACGUUCUGGAAUCAAUGAAAAACUUACUAAAUCUCGAGCCAAAGCAACCAGUUCGAACAUUGGCAGUAUUGCCACCGGAAGAGCGCAAGAUGCUGCUAUACAGCUGGAAUCAAACCAGGGAAACCUAUUUACCUGUCCACUGUCUUCAUCAAUUAUUUGAGACCCAUGUGGAACGUGACGAUCAUGCAAUUUCUGUGGAACAUAAUGGAGUGAGUCUAAGCUAUGCUGUACUCAACGCCCAGGCCAACAAAUGGGCCCAUUACUUGAUUGUGCGGGGCGUAAAACCAGAUGAUCGCAUCGCACUUUGCGUCGAACGCAACAUAACAAUGAUCGUGGCAAUUCUGGGUAUUCUAAAAGCUGGUGGCGCUUACGUACCACUUGAUCCUGCUUACCCAAGUCAACGGCUUACCAAUACUCUUAAGGAUGCCUGCCCUAAAUUCCUGUUAGCAGAUACUACUGGCCGUAAAGCACUCGGAGACCAUCAAAUACCAGUGGUUGACUUGGACAAACAAUUGCCUGUCGAUUUACCAGUCGAUAAUCCCGACACGACAAAGAUUGGACUCUCCCCGAACCAUCUAGCCUAUGUUAUUUACACCUCUGGUUCAACAGGAACACCGAAAGGAGUGAUGGUUGAACAUCAACAAGUCGUGCGACUGUUUGAGGCUGCACAAAAAAUGUUCAGUUUCAAUAAACAGGACAAGUGGUGUUUAUUCCAUUCGUUUUCUUUUGACUUUUCCAUUUGGGAGAUUUGGGGUGCAUUAUCGAAUGGAAGUCAACUGUCAAUUGUACCAUACGACACAACUCGUUCUACGGAUGAAUUUUAUGAUUGGGUCUGUGCCAGUAAUAUUACUGUCCUAAAUCAAACUCCAUCGGCAUUUAGAAUGUUCAUGCGAGCAAAAAAUAUCGAUUCGAGAUCGAAUCUACUACGUUAUGUGAUCUUCGGUGGCGAAGCGUUAGAUCCGUCGAUUGCAAAGGACUGGUAUGAGAAAAACAAUACAAGUCAAACAGUAUUGGUCAAUAUGUAUGGCACAACGGAAACAACAAUUCAUGCUACCUACCAACGACUUGAAGCUUCUGAAAAUAUAUACUCAAUUGGACGACCUAUCGCAGAUCUUUGUGCAUAUUUGCUUGAUGCACACGGUGAGCCAGUACCAUUGGGAGCUGAGGGAGAAUUGUAUAUUAGUGGUGCUGGUGUGGCACGUGGCUACUUGAACCGACCUGAACUUACCGUGGAACGUUUUCUAUCCGAUCCAUUCAGUGACAAUCCAUCGGCACGCAUGUACCGUACCGGUGAUCGAGCCCGAUAUCUGCCUGAUGGUAAUCUAGUGUAUUUGGGCCGGACAGAUCAACAAGUUAAAAUCCGAGGAUUCCGAAUUGAGCCUCGUGAAAUUGAAGUCCAUCUAAUCAAACAUCCGCAGGUGAGUGGGGCUGUUGUACAAUCCUAUGGCAAUGGAUCAGACGCUCGUUUGGUAGCUUAUGUAGUGACCGAUGCAGAUACUACAUCGUUAGCACAGAAUUUACGCACCUAUCUAUCGACUUUACUGCCUGACUAUAUGACACCAGUGGCUUAUAUGUGCUUACCGUCCUUACCUUUAACACCCAAUG